AUGCGCGUCUGGUUUUGUGCUUUGAUAAUCCUUGCGUUCGAAUCGGCCGUCAUCCUUGGGCAGAAAAAUGUCCGCGAUGAUUGCACCCUGCAGGAGACUUGCGCGGCGUGUAUUAGAACUCAGGACUGUAUCUGGUGUAAUAUCGAGGAUACCCAGAAAACGAUGCACACGGAAUCACGGUGUAUGAACAAAGCUCAGGCUGCCCAGACCAGCAUGUGGUGCAGUAACGGGAAAAAAGAGAAUUACACAAGCGAAUUUGAGGAGAUUGAAAACAGGAAGUUUUCCUCGAUGAAGAAUGGAGAGAAAGUGGUGCAGCUGCAACCGCAAAAUGUCAACUUAAGGCUCCGAAAGGGUGAAGAGUACCGUCUUUCCGUGACGUACAAACGGGCCACGGAUUAUCCAAUGGAUCUCUACUUCCUUGUUGACGUGUCCGGUACGAUGAAGAAAUUUCGAGAAACUCUUUCCAAACUGGGGUCUGUGUUAGCGACAGAGCUGAAAGAGCUGACUUCCGACUUUCGGUUGGGAUUCGGGAGCUUUGCUGACAAAAAUACGUACCCUUCCCCUUAUGUGAUGAAUUAAAAUUUUUUCAGGAAAAAGGAACCUUACGCGUUCAAACAUAGCCUCAGCCUGACGAAUAACACAACGGAAUUCCAGGAAAAAGUUAACAGUGCCGACACGAUAUCAAACCACGAUGACCCAGAAGGUGGCUUCGACGGUAUCAUGCAGACUAUCGUCUGUAGGGACCUGAUUGGUUGGCGGUCAGACGCGCGUCAUAUUCUUCUUCACGCAAGUGACGCUCCCCCCCACAUAGCCGGCGACGGCAAGUUCGCAGGGUUGCCCCGACCUAAUGACGAGCUGUGCCAUUUGAACGAAUCAGGGCACUAUACUUACUCGGAGCUUCAGGAUUAUCCAUCGAUCGGUCAGGUGAGCUGGCAGGCUGAACGCAAUAACGUGAAUAUAAUUUUCGCGGUGUUCAACACUGCAUUUGAGAAAGUCUUCAAAAACAUAAAACAAAGGAUUAAGGGUUCAAUAGUUCAAAUCGUUGACCCUACGUUCUCAAACGUUGUAAAACUGAUUAAGCAGGAAUACGAGAGUUUAGUCGAAUCUGUCACGAUGACAAGUCGGACAUCUUCAAACUUCGUUGACGUUCGGUUCCUUUCAAAGUGUUUGGGCAAGGACAAGGAUUUCCGUCAAAGGGAUAAAUGCACAAACAUUCACAUUGGGGAUACCGUAGAAUUUGUAGCCGAAAUAAAGGCAGUAACCUGUCCGGAGCGCGAAGAAGAUUGGCAUCAGACCAUCGAAAUUCGGCCACAAGGAAUCAACGAAAUACUUAUCGUUAACGUUUCGCUUCUAUGUGGCUGCGAAUGCUCCAAGGACAAAUCCAAGAGAACGGAAGCUGCGCGUUGCGGAAGUCACGGGAAACUUGAUUGCGGAGUUUGCUCUUACGACGUGGGUUUCUUCGGCAAAAACUGCCAAGGCGGGACGGACGGAGACGAGGACGAGGACGACGCAGGAAAGCUGAUGCAGGGCUGCCGGGCGAGCAACACGUCCGAAGAAGUCUGCAGCAAUCGGGGAAUAUGCAGACACGGAAAGUGCUGCUGCUUCGAGGAAAACAUUUACGGCUCAUUUUGCCAGUGCGACGACAACUCAUGCCGACGAUCCGCUGAUGGAAUGAUGUGCGGAGGACACGGGAAGUGCGAUUGCGGAAAGUGUACUUGUGACGGUGGAUGGGACGGAGACGCGUGCGAAAUCAAAACUGACAAGACUUUGUGUUACCCGCCGGGCGAAAAUGCCGAUAUUUGCAGCAAAGCCGGGAGUUGCGAACAGGGACGGUGCGUGUGCGAUAAGAAAAUGAAAAGGCACGGAGAGUUCUGCGAGGAAUGCCCGACGUGUCCAAGUCAAAAGUGUGACGAGCUCAAAGCCUGCGUUGAGUGUGUCGUGCAUGAAACCGGCAGUAUCCACGCGACACCCCCGGAUUGUGAUGGUUGCGGUAAAUACAAAAUUACAAAGGUUGACGCGAUUCAGGAAAACGCUGACGAGAAAAGACCAGAAGAGCACUAUUGCCAAAUUCCGGCUGAUGACGGUUCCACGUUCGUUUUUACAUACUUCUACGGCGGCCAGGCUAUCCAUGUAAACGCGGAAAAGGAUAAAAAGUAUCCUAUAAUCGAUGAUUUCGUUGCUGCGACUCUCGCCGUGAUGGCUGUUACUCUCUUACUGGGAUUGCUGAUUAUCCUGGCAUGGAAGGUGGUAACGUAUGUUCAUGACAAGAGAGAGUUCCAGAAAUUCGAGAACGAGCGAGCAAAAUUAAAAUGGUUUCAGGGUCAAAAUCCAAUCUACGUCGACCCAGUGACAAGAGUCGAGAACCCCACAUUUUCUUCAUUACGCCAAACCAAGCACCUACUCGUACUUUUAAGUUAUACCCACUUCUGCCGCAAUUUGUCAAUUCAUUGUAACCAUAGGCUAUUUGUCUUUCCGAAUGAAUUGAUUAUACCUUUAUUGGAAAGACUAAGCAUAUCUGGAGUUUAUUCUGAGGAUUCAUGCUCUAGUGACUUCAGUCACUCCCGAGAAUUAGAAACAAAUAUGCGUGUCUGGUUUUGUGCUCUGAUAAUCCUUGCGUUCGAAUCGGCCGUCAUCCUUGGGCAGAAAAAUGUCCGCGAUGAUUGCACCCUGCAGGAGACUUGCGCGGCGUGUAUUAGAACUCGGGACUGUAUCUGGUGUAAUAUCGAGGAUGCCCAGAAAACGAUGCACACGGAAUCACGGUGUAUGAACAAAGCUCAGGCUGCCCAGACCAGCAUGUGGUGCAGUAACGGGAAAAAAGAGAAUUACACAAGCGAAUUUGAGGAGAUUGAAAACAGGAAGUUUUCCUCGAUGAAGAAUGGAGAGAAAGUGGUGCAGCUCCGACCGCAAAGUGUCAACUUGAGGCUCCGAAAGGGUGAAGAGUACCGUCUCAAAUUGACGUAUAAAAGGGCCAGGGAUUAUCCAAUGGAUCUGUAUUUCCUUGUCGAUUUGUCAGAAUCGAUGGAUAAAUUUCGAUUCAAACUUGCCAAACUAGGGUUUGCGAUAGCCGAUGAGCUGAAGCACCUCACAUCCGAUUUCCAGUUGGGAUUUGGAAGCUUUAUCGACCAACAAAACUACCCAUCAACCGCUCUAUAUAAGAAUAAAAUCAAAGAUCCGGCUUACGCUUUCAAACACAACCUCAAAUUGACAAAAAAUCUUGAGGAAUUCCAGAAUAUAGGUAUGGAUUCCCCUGACGUAGGCUAUAAUGAUGGCCCAGAGAGCGGUUUCGAUGGUAUCAUGCAAUCCAUCGUUUGUAGAGAACAGAUUGGUUGGCGAUCAAACGCCCGACAUCUUCUUAUUCACGCAAGUGACGGACCUCCUCACAUCGCUGGCGACGGUAAGAUCGGAGGAUUGCCAGAACCUAAUGACGAGCAGUGCCAUUUGAACAAAUCAGGGUAUUAUACGUAUGCAGAACUUCAAGACUUUCCCUCCGUUGGCCAGAUUAAUCGCCAAGCUGCUAAUAACUCCGUAAACAUCCUUUUUCUGGUAUUCUUGCCUGGCGAUGAGGUCUAUAAUGGGAUAGCACGCGUGAUUAAGGGUUCCACAGUUCGUACAGUUGGCAGUGACUUUAGCAACAUUCUGCAAGUGAUCAGGAAAGAAUACGAGAGUUUAGUCGAAUCUGUCACGAUGACAAGUCGGACAUCUUCAAAUUCCGUUCACGUUCGGUUCCUUUCAAAGUGUUUGGGCAAGGACAAGGACUUCCGUCAAAGGGAUAAAUGCACAAACAUUCACAUUGAGGAUACCGUAGAAUUUGUAGCCGAAAUAAAGGUCGGAUAUCACGAUGAUUCUUUCAUUUUUGCGAAAGCUAAAUGCUGAUCACUUAAUUCCAGGCAGUAACCUGUCCUGAGCGCGAAGAAGAUUGGCAUCAGAC